GGGCACUAACUUUGAUGCUGUGUUUCGAACGUCUAGUUAAACCUUCAUGUUGACACAUCCUUUGGUGUCAUCGAGGUAAGCUUCAAUGUCGUAUGAGGAAGUGUACAUGAUGUUAUUAUGACUCCAGCCGUCAGCACCGGACUCGGAUUCAGAUGAUACCAAAGUCCAGAGUCCAUCUGCGGUGGCUUCACCCCAACUUGAAGUCCCAUAUAUGAGCUCCUACCAGGAGCCGCUUAACGACGAGGCUAGGACGAAGAAACAAGAGGAGCUUUUCCACAGCAUCAUCGACGACAAACUCGGUGACAUCCCUGUUCGCCUCAUCGACACAACGUCGGGCAAGCUAUGCAGCACUGGAGAACUCCACGCUCAUUUCAAGGAGUCUCGCAGUUAUAAGGAAGUUGAAAUGAAGAUUCUCAGGGCCAAUCAGAAGGUGAUGAAGGCGACUGUUGAUGCUUUCUUCGAAUAUGCUAUGUUCUCCCAUCGUUGGAGUACUACCAUCGAUGACGAGCCUACGUAUGACCACAUUAAGGGCGAAGAGAGCAUCUAUAACCUGAAAACACCACCGGGAAUCGAUAAGUUGCAGCAGUUUUGCAAGGUUGCCAGGGAGAACCAGUUCCGAUGGGCUUGGAGCGAUACGUGUUGUAUCGACAAGACCAACAACGUCGAACUCCAGGAGUCUAUUAUCUCCAUGUUCUCGUGGUAUCGGUUGUCGUCUGUUACCAUCGUCUACCUUUCAGAUGUCAUCGACGAAGGGAGCUUCAGAAAUAGUGUAUGGUUCACCCGCGGAUGGACGCUACAAGAGCUCAUUGCACCUCGGCUCGUCUGGUUUUAUAAGAAGGACUGGACGCCAUAUAUUGACAGCAAGCAAAACCACAAAGAGGACCCCCGAGUCGUCAAGACCAUAUCUGAGGUCACGUCUAUUGACCGGACUGUCCUCAACCAGUUUGUGCCGGGGUUGAGAGAUGUUGGCUCCGACGAGGUCAAGAAGAGGAUGAGCUGGCUCGCGUCUAGGAAGACGGCCAAGAUCGAGGAUAUGGCGUACUGCAUGAUGGGCAUUUUUGGUGUUCACAUGCCGGUCAUGUACGGGGAGAGAAAGAAUGCUUUUGUUCGCCUUCAGAAGGAGAUCAUGACCCUUACGGAUGACCUGUCGCUAUUUGACUGGGUCGGGGAACCCUCAGAGCUUCAUUCAUACUUUGCAUCGCACCCCAGCUGUUUUGCAAACGCUCCAGCUGGAUCCGGGAGGAGCUUGUCGAAACUCUCUCAUCCUCGGUUGUUUGCCUCCAAGGUCUUUGCCAGCGCUGUUGGUUCCACCAUCAGGAUGAAUAUCAAGAAACUUCUUCUUGACCCUCCUCACGGUCAUUUCAUUGCUAACGGGAAGAUGAACAUACCCCUGUUUGUUCAUGAGGUUACGAACCUGAUUCCUGCGGACGCGACAUGCCCUCCCACUCUUAAUGACGAUGGCUCUAUUGACUAUCUUGUCACGGCUGAAGGUCUCGCUGAGGUGAAGUUUACAACUCACAAACUUCUUCCCAUUAUGUUCAACGGAGAAAAUUCUCCUCGCUACCGUCUUGUUCGGAUGUGGGACUCCAAGCUUAUUCCGUCAGAAGAUGAUGUGAAGAAAGUAGACGAAGAAAACAGGAUCUGGAUCUGGAGAUGGCGAGCAUCGUGAUGGAGAUGACGAGCAUCAUGAUGGAGAUGGCAAGCAUCAUGAGGGGUUUAUUCAUACCCCCCAUUGGCUGGACAAAUCGGACGUGUUAAGUCCUAUGACCGCUGCAGUGUCUCAUAAUGCAGUGGUCACGUUCAUGUCCCGUCUU